GAAGUAGGAAAAAUUUUAUCUUGUCUUUUAGAACUUUCCCUGCGUCUAAGUACGACGUGUCCGCAACAAGAUUUUUCGUAUAAAUUUCCUCAUAAAUAAGUGAAAGGCUUGCCUUGUCUCUCCCGUGAAGUGUUUGCCGGUCAAUUUGUUACCUAGCGUUUCGGUCAAAUAUCAUCAGUCGUUUGGGAGUACUCAGAAGAGAACGACAGGUCUUGAAUUGUUUACUAAAUAUUCCUUACUAUCACUGACGUUGCUACUUUAUUAGUUUCAGAAUUACCACAAUGUCGAAAAUCAAGGCUGGACCGGUCGUUGACAUCUUGGGAGAUGAGAUGACCAGAAUAAUCUGGGAUCUAAUUAAGGAAAAACUCAUCUUACCCUUCUUGGAUAUUGAAUUACAUGUUUACGAUUUAGGCAUUGAGAACCGAGACAAGACCAAUGAUCAAGUGACUAUAGAUUGCGCCAACGCCGUCAAGAAAUACAAUGUCGGAAUCAAGUGUGCCACCAUUACGCCUGAUGAAGUUAGAGUUGAAGAAUUCAAGCUGAAGCAAAUGUGGAGAAGCCCCAACGGCACUAUUCGUAACAUUCUUGGUGGCACAGUAUUCAGGGAGGCUAUUAUCUGUAAAAACAUUCCUCGUCUGGUGACCUGUUGGGAAAAACCAAUCGUUAUUGGUCGUCACGCACAUGGCGACCAGUACAAGGCGACUGACUUCGUUGUACCUGGAGAAGGUAAACUUGAACUGAUCUUUACCCCUGCUAAGGGAGAACCCAUUAGACAAGUAGUUAACCAGUUUAAAGGAGCUGGUGUUGCUCUUGGUAUGUACAAUACUGAUGAGUCCAUUAUUGAUUUUGCCCACUCUUCCUUCAAAUAUGCUCUGGAUAGGAAGUAUCCUUUGUACCUGAGCACGAAGAACACCAUUCUUAAGAAAUACGACGGCCGCUUCAAGGACAUUUUCCAAGAAAUCUAUGUGAAGCAAUACAAGGCGCAGUACGAGGCUGCGGGAAUUUGGUACGAGCACAGACUUAUCGAUGACAUGGUCGCGUAUGCUAUGAAAUCUGAAGGUGGUUUUGUGUGGGCAUGCAAGAAUUAUGAUGGUGAUGUUCAGUCUGAUUCUGUUGCCCAGGGUUACGGAUCACUCGGUCUUAUGACUUCAGUACUUGUUUGUCCCGAUGGAAAGACUGUAGAAGCUGAAGCUGCUCAUGGCACGGUAACCAGGCAUUACCGUAUGUAUCAACAAGGGAAGGAGACGUCCACAAAUCCAAUUGCGUCUAUAUUUGCAUGGACAAGAGGUCUGUUGCACCGUGCCAAAUUAGACGGAAACCGGGAGCUUAAGAACUUCGCCGAAACGCUAGAAGCCGUUUGUAUUGAAACUAUUGAAAGUGGCAUUAUGACUAAAGAUCUUGCUAUUUGCAUUAAAGGCAUGAACAACGUGCAAAAAUCAGACUAUUAUGAAACUUUCGAGUUUAUGAACAAGCUCGCUGAAAACUUGAAAACGAAGUUGGGAAAAUGACUGUCUAUUGAAAAGAAACGUAGUAAUUUGUAAUUUUUUUAUAAACUCGUAUCUCUAUAAUGUCACAUCUAUGGGAACAUAAGGGUAUU